CUCAUAUAUGUAAAAGUAACAGUACCUCAGCCCUCAGCCCUGACAAGGAGCUAUAAACUGGGGGGGGCAACAAAUACCUCCUCGCCCACGCACCUAUGACUACAUUUUGCUCUCCAGUCAGUCCAGUGGAGCCGAGGAGCGGCCCUGGGGACGAGUAUGAGGAGCUUCCUUUCAUCAUCCUUUUCAUCAACCUCGUGCCUUUUCAUUGAAAAUUUAUUAGGAUUUAGGCUCACCUGGUUACUCACUGAUUUCUCACUGAUCUGAAAUGGCUGCUCCAGUGAACUGGCUACUCUGAGUCUCUCUAAAGUCUCUCAUACACAAACAGACUUCCGGCCGGGUGAACAUUUAUUGAAAAAUCGCACCCUCCGAAGCUCGACGUUCUAGCUUUUUUUAAUCUAAAAAAUGUCCAGAAGUGUAAAAGAUUUACGAGACAUGAUUAAUAUUUCCCGAUUAUCAUUUCAUGGCGACGAAUCGAGUUUUCAGAACGAUGAUCAUGAACGAGAAGAUGUUGUAAACGCAUUCAUUCACAUCAAUCAUAGUGGACAAAAUUCGACAUUUAUAAAACGAAAUGAAACGACGCUAAGGUGUAUAACAUCGACUGAACACAUUGACAAGCAAAAAAGUAGUCUAAGAAAUAUUCGUUUUAAACCGUUACCAGCAAUAAACUCCUCAACAAACAUAAAUGAUGGCAUCAACUCGAAAGAAAAUGUAGAAAUGGCAUACCAAAGGUCCUGUAAUCGUAUUCUGGAAUAUGUUGAUGGAUCUGUAGUGAGUUCUUGGUUACAUCGCUCUAACGAAUCUGUGCAAUGGCUUUCUAAAUGGGUUUCCACAAAAGAAUAUUUUGUUAAAUUUGCAAAUUUCUUUCUUGUGGAAAUGGAUCAUCAGAAACAAACAGAACUGGUUGAAAUGGAAGUUGAAGUUAUUCUGGAUGAAAUAACAUUUUCUGUACAGGAUGGACUCAAGCAAAAAAAGGUGUCAAAAGAUGAUGUGAUGUCAUUCUUUUUGCUAAUCAUUUGGGAAUAUCCAUCAAAAAUAUGUGGUGAACAUAGCAGCAUUUUUGUUUUGAAUACAUUAGUAACUUUGGCCUCAGCACAGAAGGACAAGUACCGCAAGCUUCUUUCAAAUGUGAAAUUUGCAACAAAACAUCCCGAGCAGAUACACUGGAUUCUAUCAGUCCGUGCAUUUGCAUUAAUAUCUAUAAUUACAGCAAUGGUGAAAUUUUACUCAUCCUUGUCAGGGUACAUCAUAGUAGAUCAGGAUGUUGAUAAAAAUGCAAAAGAGCUAUAUCAAUACCCUAAAACAAUCCAAGGUUUUGCAUUCGAUGCAGCGAGGUUGGGAUAUUUGGACACCCUGGUAUAUUUAGUUGAGCAACAAGAUCUUAAUAUCUCAGGCUUGCAAAACAAGGAUAUGUUGUCUCUAUUAUUUUGUGCAGUCACGUGUGCCCAGGUGGAGGUAGCAAAGUAUAUAUUGGAGACAGAUGAAAGUAUUGAUAUAAAACAAGUAUCAAAAUCAGGGAAUAGCUUGUUACAUGCUGCAGUUAAUACUGGAGACAAACAACUUGUGAGGUUACUUCUGAAUGCUGGAGCAGAUGUGAAUCAAACCAAUAGGGAAUGUAAUGAUGUAACCCCACUUCACUUAGCUAUAAUGCAAGACUCCUGUGAAAUUGUUCAGUUACUCAUUGAUGCUGGGGCACACACAGCCUUGUUUUCUACAGAUGGAGGUAGUACAGCACUUCGUUUAGCUGAGGAUCUUCAAAGGAUAUCUAUUGUUGACCUUAUCAAAAAAGCUGUGUGCAAUGAUCAAAAAUGACAUUGGAUCAUGCUGCAGAAUAUCAGAGCAGUAAAAGUAGUAGAUUACCUGUAACUAUGGAACAAAUCUGUAUGAAAGAGGCUAUAAAGGUUUAAAAAUUAAUAAAGAGGCAUAUGCGUUAGACAAUACCGUACACAAAUUGCCGAGA